AUGUCGAAAGCUGCACCCAAAGACAACCCGCACUGCCAUUUAGACCUGAGGUGUCCCAUCACCGACAUCAGCGACCACCGCUGCAUCUCGCCCAAGGAGAAGAAAUUGUGGGACAGCCGCGACCACAAGAAGGCUGUCUUGGCAUACUGGUCGCCGGACGGGGUCAACACGCGAUCCGAGAAGCUUGGCCUGGACCCUGUCAGAGGUCCUUUUGUUCUCGAAUGCAUCAUCAGCAAGAUUGCCUGGAGUCAGGACUACGAUACCGAUGAGGAGGAGGAGCAAGGGCCCGAUUGUCGCACGAUCGAGGCAAGCGAUGUCAACGACGGCGACGCUGCAGGCGGCGAGGACCCAGACCUGGACAGCGAUGAUGAUUCAGACGGGGACGAGGAGGAUACCGAGGGCAGUGAUAAAGAGGACGAGUACUUGGUGGAGUACGUCGGGUACAGUCCCAUUUGGCUGCCUGCUCACCAGGUGUGCCCAGACGCAAUCAAGAAUUGGAAGGGAGCCAGGGUUCCCGCUGGCGGUCUUCGUCCUCUGCCAGGCACAGGAGACAUGGCAUGA